GUUUCUCUGCGGAGUCCAGAUCCCGGGCCCUUUCCGCCACCUCCGAAGCAAGAACUCUGAGGGCCCCACCGCCUGCGGCCACGUUCCAGAACGGUCCAGACAGCCGCAGGGCCGCGCGGAGACGGCCAGCCAGAUGACGUCAUGUUUCAGGCGGCAUCCCUGACGUGCGGUUUUGAGGCUGAGGAAACCGCGCCACCAGAUCCACCCACCCGGGCUUCCCUCCCCGGGCGGCCCCGGGCCCGCUCCGAGCGCCCGGCGCACCGAAGCCCAGGGUCCUUUCAAUGUGCCUAAGUUUGGGGCCUGCCGCUAUGGGGGACAUGAAGACCCCUGAUUUCGACGAUCUCCUUGCUGCCUUUGACAUCCCUGACAUUGAUGCAAAUGAAGCUAUCCACUCUGGGCCAGAGGAAAAUGAGGGGCCAGGUGGCCCUGGGAAGCCGGAAGCCAGUGAGGGAGGUGACUCUGAGGACAAAGCAGUGGCUGCUGCUGGGCCUGACCCUGCCGUUCCAGCCCAGGCCUCUGACCAUGGCCUGCCACCAUCGGACAUCUCCACUGUCAGUGUCAUUGUCAAGAACACGGGAUGUCCUGAGCAGUCUGAGAACCUGGCUGGGGGUUCCGGAGUGGAAGGGGUGUGGCCUGGUGGUGUCACCAGGGAUGGCCCUGUAGGACCUCGGCUGCUGCAGAAUGGCUUUGGGGGCCCCGAGCCCUCCCUUCCAGGAACCCCCCACUCUCCAGCUCCUCCCAGUGGGGGUGCCUGGAAAGAGAAAACUAUGGAAGGCAAAGCUUCCUUGGACCUGUUUGCCCAUUUCGGGCCUGAGCCCGAGAAGCAUCCGGAUCCCCUGCCUCCCUCUGCGCCUUCCCCACCUCGGGAGGGGGCCAUGAGCCCGCCCCCUUUCCCCUCUGCCUUUGAGUUGGUCCCUGAGAAUGGACCUGGCCUGCUGGGGACCUUGAAGCCGGGAAGCCCCCAGCACCCCCAGGUCCUUGCUCAGAGAGGCCCAGGCUCCAGCCCCGAGGCCACGGCCAUCCCUGCCAGUGCCUCGCCUCCGCAGGUCACUGGUGGGUCCUUCUUCAAGCAGUCUCCAGGGCACCAGAGCCCUCUCACUUCCCCCAAAGCGCCCACUCGGAAGCCCCUGAAGGAAGAAGGGGGGCAGGAGGACAAGUCUCCUGGAAGCCCCCAGAGUGCCUCCAGUGGAGCUGAAGCUGCGGACGAGGACAGCAAUGACUCUCCUGGCUCCUCGAACUCUUCCCGGCCCCUCAAGGUGCGGAUCAAGACCAUUAAAACAUCCUGCGGAAAUAUCACAAGGACUGUCACCCGGGUCCCCUCUGACCCUGAUCCUCCCGGGCCCCCAGCUGAAGGGGCCUUUGUGGCUGAAGCUGGCCUCCUGAAGCUAUCCCCCGCCACCCCGACCCCUGCCGAAGGGCCAAAGGUGGUGAGUGUACAGCUGGGGGAUGGCACGAGGCUGAAGGGCACCGUGCUGCCCGUGGCCACCAUCCAGAAUGCCAGCACCGCCAUGCUCAUGGCCGCCAGCGUGGCCCGCAAGGCCGUGGUCCUGCCUGGGGGAGCGGCCACUAGUCCCAAGACUGUGGCUAAGAAUGUGCUUGGCCUGGUGCCCCAAGCCCUACCCAAGGCUGAGGGCCGGGCGGGACUGGGCGCUGGGGGCCAGAAGGUAAACGGUGCCUCAGUGGUGAUGGUGCAGCCUUCUAAGCCGGUGCCCGGGAGUGGGGGCGGCACGGUCAUCUCCCGGACCCAGUCCAGCCUGGUGGAAGCCUUCAACAAGAUCCUCAACAGCAAGAACCUGCUGCCUGCCUACCGGCCAAACCUGAGCCCACCGGCUGAGGCUGGGCUGGCCCUGCCUCCCACAGGCUACCGCUGCCUCGAGUGUGGGGACGCCUUCUCCCUGGAGAAGAGCCUGGCCCGCCACUAUGACCGCCGCAGCAUGCGCAUCGAGGUCACCUGCAACCACUGUGCCCGCCGCCUGGUCUUCUUCAACAAGUGCAGCCUGCUCCUCCAUGCCCGCGAGCACAAGGACAAGGGGCUCGUCAUGCAGUGCUCACAUCUGGUCAUGAGGCCCGUAGCCCUCGACCAGAUGGUGGGGCAGCCAGACAUCACGCCCCUGCUCCCUGUGGCUGUCCCACCCGCCCCUGGACCUCUGGCCUUGCCCGCCUUGGCUAAGGGCGAGGGGGCUAUUGCCUCUGCCGUAACUGCAGCUGUCGCUGAGCCCCCGGUGCUGCCACUCUCAACAGAGCCUCCCACUGUCCCCGCCACCUCCGCGUACACGUGCUUCCGCUGCCUGGAGUGUAAGGAGCAGUGCCGGGACAAGGCUGGCAUGGCAGCCCACUUCCAGCAGCUUGGGCCCCCUGCUCCUGGGGCCACCAGCAAUGUGUGCCCCAGCUGUCCUAUGAUGCUGCCCAAUCGCUGCAGCUUCAGCGCCCAUCAGCGUGUGCACAAGAACCGAGCCCCCCAUGUCUGUCCUGAGUGUGGGGGCAACUUCCUGCAAGCCAAUUUUCAGGCCCACCUCCGCGAGGCCUGUCUGCAUUUCUCCCGCCGUGUAGGAUACAGGUGCCCCAGCUGUGCAGUGGUGUUUGGGGGUGUGAACUCCAUCAAGUCUCACAUCCAGGCGUCGCACUGCGAGGUUUUCCACAAGUGCCCCAUCUGCCCCAUGGCCUUCAAGUCUGGACCCAGCGCCCAUGCCCAUCUCUACUCCCAGCACCCCAGCUUCCUUUCCCAGCAGGCCAAGCUCAUCUAUAAGUGCGCCAUGUGUGACACGGUCUUCACCCACAAGCCCCUCCUGUCCUCGCACUUCGACCAGCACCUGCUGCCCCAGCGCGUCAGUGUCUUCAAGUGCCCAUCUUGUCCUCUGCUCUUUGCCCAAAAGCGGACCAUGCUGGAACAUCUCAAGAACACUCAUCAGUCUGGACGUGUGGAGGAGACUGCAGGGAAGGGAACUGGGGGUGCACUCCUAACCCCCAAGCCUGAGCCCGAGGAGCUGGCUGUGUCUCAGGGAGGGGCAGCGGCGGCCACAGAGGAGUCCUCUUCAUCUUCCGAAGAGGAGGAGGUGCCCAGCUCCCCGGAGCCACCCCGCUCAACCAAACGACCCCGGCGGGAGCUGGGCAGCAAAGGUGUCAAGGGAGGCGGCGGCGGGCCCGGUGGCUGGACCUGUGGCCUCUGUCACUCCUGGUUCCCCGAGCGGGAUGAAUACGUGGCGCACAUGAAGAAGGAGCAUGGCAAGUCGGUGAAGAAGUUUCCCUGCCGCCUGUGUGAGCGCUCCUUCUGCUCCGCCCCCAGUCUGAGGCGCCAUGUCAGGGUCAACCAUGAGGGCAUCAAGAGAGUGUAUCCUUGCAGGUAUUGCACAGAGGGCAAGCGCACCUUCAGCAGCCGCCUGAUCUUGGAGAAGCACGUCCAGGUGCGGCAUGGCCUGCCGCUUGGGGCCCAGUCCCCCGGCCGAGGGAAUGCCUUGGCUCGGGGCCCUGGUGCCAGAGCCCAGGGGCCAGCACGGAAGCGCCGCCAGUCUUCUGACUCGUGCAGUGAGGAGCCUGACAGCACAACACCUCCUGCCAAGUCCCCCAGGAGUGGCCCUGGGUCGGGAGGCCAUGGUCUGCUGCGUUAUGGGAGCAGUGGCUCGGUGACGGAACCGAACCUGCUGGCAGGCCUGAGGGUGGAUGGCGGUGCCCAGCAGUGCCUCGACUGCGGCCUGUGCUUUGCCUCUCCUGGCUCUCUGAGCCGCCAUCGCUUCAUCAGCCACAAAAAGAGACGGGGUGUGGGGAGAGCAGGCGCCCUGGGGCUUGGGGAGGGGGAAGAGGAGGCCCCCCUUCCGGCAAGGUCUGACCCAGAGGGUGGGGACUCCCCACUGGCCACCUCUGGAGGCCCACUGACCUGUAAGGUCUGUGGCAAGAGCUGUGACAGCCCGCUCAACCUCAAGACCCAUUUCCGCACCCAUGGCAUGGCCUUCAUCAGGGCACGGCAGGGGGGCAGUGGGGACAACUAAGCCCCAAGCCAAGCCUGGGACUGCUCACUGCCCCAUCUGUGCCGGGAGCCUGGGUUUCACUGCUGCUGCCACCUGGUCCCUGGACCGGGGUGUUCCAUUAACAUUCACACUUUGUCCAUUUCCUCUCCUCUUGGGAAAGCUUUUGAGGGUUAUAGUUGUGUGCAGCCCCCCUCCCCAAGCCCUUGGGGUUUGGUCUGUUAGAUGAGUGGCCUGCCAUGCCUCCUUUCUGAACCCGACACUAAUGCCCCUGCUGCAGACCGCCAGUGAGAAGUGGCGGUGGAGGGUGGGCUCAGGGUAGGGCCGGGGGAGGGGUGUCUUGACACCCCAGUGGACUCCUUAGGACAGACUGCAGUGGUCCUUUAUUGGGCCACGUCCUAGCCCCUUCUGCCCCACUCCCUGGAACUCAAGCCCCUGACUCCUGCAGUGCCUUUCACUUGUAUUUUUCCCCCAGAAAUUGCAGGGAGGGGGUGUUGGUGGGAAUGAGUCCUGUUGGGGAGGCCAAGGGAGAGGAGGGGACAGGCUCUCAGGAAUGCUUUAUUCUUGUAGUAAUAAUAAUACUAACAGUGGGAGAAACUGGAGGGAGCGAGCUGGACCAUUAAAACUGCUCAUGGUGGAA